GACACGCUGAGCUUCGAACCUCGGUGUACACCCCCUAAAAUCCACUGGAACGAGGAUGUCUUUCUUCGAAACCCUUUUGAUGGUCGAGAGCCACUUCGACUCAAUCCAGCACCCAACACCGAGCGAUUUCGCUCUCGUUUUCAACACGGAUGAGGUGAAGAAAAGGGCAAAGAUCGAAUGGGAAGAUCGCGAGUCGAUUCUUCUUGAGCAGACUCUCGUGAAGGCCCAAGGGAGGAUGUUCAGUCGCCUCGAGAGUCAGGGCGCAGUGAAGCGGGACCAAAUCGUGUCUGAGUUCUGCGCAAAAUAUCUCCCCGUGAUUAUUGAUGGCUUUCUCAAGCUACUUCCACCCAAACCCAACGACAAUCCUACUGAAGAAGACAAACACCGCCAAGAUUUCGAACUUCAAAACACAUUUUUCAAGCAGCUCGUUUUCUGCCAGAGUAACCCCUACUUUGUAAAGUACUUCCGGUCACAAAAAGAGGCCGGGAAGAACAAUCGCCGUUUCGUCCAGACUGUCGCAGAUCGAUUCCUGCGGUUCGCGAUUCGGUGGAACUGGAAACUGAUCCAUUAUGAGGACGACCCGACGACGCCCUGUUCGUGCGUAGAAGACCUCAUCAUGGAAAGUCUCCAGUUCUUCUCGACCCUUCUCAUGGUCUACUCGAAGGACAAGGAUCGGACAGGGCUCCUAUACGAAAGCACCAAAACCCGCUUCCUACAGUUGCUUCGUCCCUGGUCACACCAUGUUUCCAAGGCCAAUCCUGAAUUUGCAGAGUAUGCUUCACGUGUUCGGUCCUUCUUGGAGGAGAAGGAGGGAUUUUUGGAGGUAGCUCAACGCGUCAGGAAGGGAUACAAACGAUGGGAUGUCUGUGCCCUUCCUUCCUGCGACAAGACAUCCGGGCUGAGGGCAUGCGGAAAGUUCGUAGACCAAUUUCCUAGUGGUUGCAUUCUUCUGACGGACAUUAUGCUUUUUUCCCUCACAGAUGUCAAACGACUGUAUACGUGA